CCUAAUCUGCAGUCCAAUUAAUGCAUCUGUUGCAAAGGCACUUGGUGUGUCAUGCAUACAUUAGAGCUUGAGAGAGUAGCAGUCUAGGGGAGACUGAGGAGGUUCUGCACUGAGUGUCAUCACAGAUUACCAGAAGAACUUGCAGUCUUGUUCACUCUGCUCUCCUCUCCUCCGCUUUUGGAAGGAGCUACGGCAGACGAGCCACCGACACCACCACCUCUCUCUCUUUCUCUCGCACACACAUACGCGCACACGUUCUCUCACUCACUCGUAUUCUUUUUCUUUCCUUCUUGAUAUUUCUCAAAUAGUGUUUUAAUUUCUAUCAUUGUCAGCUAUAGAACUUUAUCAUUGUACUUUUUAAAAUGUUUGGUCAAACGAAUGGACUUCUUUUGAGAGAGAGUUGAUUGAAGGUAGAGAGCUUCCAGAGCCUCAACAUUUGGCGGUCAUUUUUUUCUAACUUUUUGUUUGUUUUGGCAAUUUUUUGUUUCUCAUGGCAAGACAUGCUGAUUGUGGUCUAACGCAAACGUGAUGCUUCAGGAGUUAAGCGCGAGUGUCUUCUUCCCACCUUGCUUGCAGCACCGACCUUUAGCUCAAGUACCUGACAAUGAUGAGCAGUUUGUUCCAGAUUUUCAGAGUGAAACCUUGGCAUUCCACGGGCUGCAGUUGAGGAUAAAGCGAGAACCCCACAGUCCGUGUACUGAUCUGGGCUUAGCCUGCAGUCAGGAGAGGCCCUUCAGACUCCACUAUGGAGAGAAGUGCCUAUAUAACAUCAGUGCCUACGAGCAGAAGCAUCCCGCGGGAAUGAAGGCCUCCAGCCCAGCGUCUACCCCCUGCAGCACACCCGUGUCCCCUGGCCAGCAUGUGUCUCCCACCGCCGCCCCCACCCCUAAACCAGACAGGACGCACCCUCACCUCACACUGCCCCAGUCCCUCCCUGACAGUGCUUACCCCAUGGACCACAGAUUUCGGCGGCAGUUGUCGGAGCCGUGUCAUUCGUUCCCCUCUCCUCCUUCAAUAACGCGGGACGGACGGCCCAUGUAUCACAGACAGAUGUCAGAGCCCAGCAUCCCCUUCCCUCCUCAGGGGUUCAAGCAGGAGUAUGCAGACCCCGUCUUUGAGCAUCCGGCCAUGGUGGGGGCCCCUCACCCACAGACGUACCCACACUCCAUGAUGAUCAAACAGGAGCCCCGUGACUUCACAUACGAUUCGGAAGUGCCUAGCUGUCACUCUGUAUAUCUGAGACAAGAGGGAUAUCUGGCCCACGCUAACAGAACAGAGGGCUGUAUGUUUGAAAAAGUUGCAAGGCACUUCUAUGACGACACAUGCGUGGUCCCAGAGAAAGUGGAAGGCGACAUAAAGCAGGAGGCGGGGUUAUACCGUGAAGGCCUGACCUAUCAGAGACGAGGCUCACUGCAGCUUUGGCAGUUUUUGGUCGCUCUUCUGGAUGACCCUUCAAACUCACAUUUCAUUGCAUGGACUGGCCGGGGCAUGGAGUUUAAACUCAUUGAGCCUGAAGAGGUGGCACGACGUUGGGGAAUUCAAAAGAAUCGUCCAGCCAUGAACUACGACAAACUAAGCAGAUCAUUGCGUUACUACUAUGAAAAAGGCAUCAUGCAAAAGGUGGCAGGUGAAAGAUACGUGUACAAGUUUGUCUGCGACCCUGAGGCCUUGUUCUCCAUGGCCUUUCCUGACAAUCAACGUCCAGUGCUGAAGACCGACCUGGAGCGACAAAUCAACGAAGAGGACACUGUGCCGCUGUCACACUUCGACGAGAGCAUGACGUACGUUCAAGAUGGUGCUUACAGCAACCCACACCCAUACAGUGAGGGCUACGUCUACUGAAGGCUGCUACACAAAACAUUGUGCUGCGGCCAUUAAAAAAAAACACUCCGAACUUUCAGACUUCUCCCUAAUUUCCUUCUCAGUCAUUCCCCAGGACAAAGAGUGCACUUUAUGGACAGAAGAUGGCAGUGUGUAAAGCUGCAAACUGACUGGUGUAGUUAUGUUAGAUGCUCCUUUUGGUGUUUUUUGUUGCUGUUGAAGUGGAUGGGGUCAGCAUGCCGUAUUUUCACAGCGAAAGACUCUUGAGGGUCUUGUCCCUCAGGACAGAUGUUGUGGUUUAUUUAGUCAGGUUAGAGUCUGGAGCGCGUGGGUGGAUAAUUCCCAACCACUUUGACCAUUGAAAUUCUUCUUGGAUGGUUAGUGGAACGCUUUGUUAUUUUCACCCAUUUUCACCGCAUUUGUUUUUCUCCCUUGGUGUCAUACUGAGUAACUAAGUAAAUAAUACAGUGUAUUACUAUGGAAAUAAAAUCCUUUAAACUCUCCAUGUUGAAACGAGCACAUAUAUACACCAAUCCACGUUGUAUUUGGUCAACAAACAUUCCUUAAAGGGAUAGUUAACCCAAAAUUUUAAAUGAUACUUAUUUGCUCACUCUCAUGUUGUUUCAAUUUCAUAUGACCAUUCACUUUCAUUGAAAGGGGAAAUAAGAUGCAAUGAAAGAAAAAGGUGAAAGAGAUUAACAUUCUAACUCACAUCUUUUGUGUUCCACGGAAAAAAAUAAAAUCAAACGAGUUUGGAACAACAUGGGGGUGAGUAAAUGAUAACAGAAUUUUCACUUGGGUACUGACUGUACCUCUGGUGGUUAUAUACUAGCACAUUACAACAAAUGACAGAUUCAUUUUAUUUGUGAAGGGUUAUUAUACACUAAUAUUUAAGUGAUAACCAUAUAUUUUCUCAUAUGAACAUAGGAGGGAAUAUGCAGGUAAUUUUCUCAAUGAGCAAGACUGAAUUUUUCCUUUAUCUCAAUGCAUUAGCAGAAGAAGAAAAUCAUGGCAGCAUUUCAUAAUACUACAUGGUGUUUCAAAUUCUGCUCUGAAUUUUCUUGAGACCUAUUUAAAUAAACAUCUUCAGUAACUGUAUACUUAAGUAACUAAACAAAACAUUUAAACCCAUAUUUCACUGAAUAUGACUUUUUGAUUAAAACCGUCUAUAGAUAUCAAAUAGUUAUCUUCAGACAAGUCUUGUGCAAGGUGCAAGCUUCACACAUGUCUAUGACAUCAUUCUAUUAAAGUUGCAUUUUCACUACAACAAAUUGUGACAAAUUGCUUUUUUUAUUAGAAUACACAAAAGUGGAUGUUGUUCCAUUAUCUACUCCACCAUGCCAUCUUUGAAAAUAUAAACAUGCAUAUUCAGGUUAGUGCACCUCAAUGCUGCUUUUCAUGUCAUUUGAGUCACGUAUGAUUAUGGCAGCUAUGCCCUGGCCUGCGGUACGUUCACUAUUUUUUUCUUCAAUUUUUUUCAUUGGAAAAAAAAUCAUCAGUGUUUAUUGAAUGUAAAAAAUAUAUAUACAUAAUUGCGAAGGGAAUGGCAAUAGCUACACUUCUGUAAUAAAAUAGUGUUGAAAUACAGUUGGGUUGUUUUUUUUCCCUAAAUAUGCUCUGAGAGGGUUCUGAUUUUUCUGAAUCGGUUUCUGAUGUAUUAGAUAAAAUAUCUUUAAAGCAUUUACUAAUUUUGGUUGAUGUCAAUUCAUAAAUAUGCUAUUGUUCUUUGUUAGUUCAUGGAAGUUUAGAAUGCAUUAAAUUACAUUAAUAUAUAUAUAUAUUGUAAUGUUAAAAAUGUAUUAGUGUAUGUAGAAUUUGACAUAAACCAAGAUUAAUAAAUCUUGUAUAAGUAUUGUUCAUUGUAAUUUUAUGUUACCCAUAACUAUUGCAUUAAAACAUGCAACCU